AUUAUGUGCACAGCUUGAGUAAUUCAUGAAAAGCAAACACAUAAAAUAAAGAAAAUACUUAAAAUGAUAAUUGUUCAACCAUUGCUCCUCGUUCGUGAGCGUUGUGUGUAAAACACUUGUUAUUUGUGUCGAGAUCUCCUCGCAAUAAUUGGAGUAAACGUGAGUUAUAAAGUAUCUGAGUGGGUCGCCAAGUGAAAUUGUUAGCAGCAAUAAUGCGUUGGAGCCUAGCUGUCGUAAUUGUUUCCGCUCUCUUCAUGGUCGUGCGGUCGGAGAUUGGUUCCUGUCCUCCGACGUUGCCGGUGGACAUUUGCGAGGGGAGAUGUGGCCCCAACCGACCGUGCAACUGCACCCAGCUGUGCUGCCCCACAGCGUGCGGGGGCGCUAUGUGCGUCGAUCCGAUGACGAAGCGUCACUUCAUUAAUCUUGUGAAAAAAGGUCGAUGCCCCGAGUUCCCUCGCGGUGUGUGGGUGUGCACGCACACAUGUACCAGCGACUCGGAUUGUCCCAGAGCGUUGAAGUGCUGCCCCAACCGCUGCGGAGCGCUCGCGUGCCAGAAGCCAGACGCUGAUGAAGAACCAGCGGAAGAACCAGCUUAAAUUAUACUUUGAGAUUGUAAAUUUUUUUUAUACGGUAAAACGACUGAAUUAUAGAGAAUUUAAAUUAAGUUUCUUUUUAAAUAAAUUGUAUUAUUAAAUAAUUAA